AGUUCGCGACACGCUCUCGCUUCUUCUCUUUACUCAAUUAUAUUUCUUCUGUCUCUAUUUCUGAACACUACAAAAUGUCCUGGCAGGCGUACGUUGAUGACAGCCUUAUUGGCAGCGGCAACAUGCACAGUGCCGCUAUUAUCGGAAUUGCUGAUGGCAGCUACUGGGCGUAUGGCGGCAACUACAUCCCGCAGCCGGAGGAGGUGAAGCACAUCCAGAGCUGCUUAAACGACUUUACUGUCGUGCAGUCGUCCGGUGUCACUAUAUAUGGCGUGAAAUUCUUCGGUCUGCAGUGCGGAUCGGAUGGGGACAGCAAAUACAUCUUUUUUAAGAAAGGCGCGGCCGGCGGCUGCAUCUACACCACCAAGCAAGCCUUCAUUGUCGCGGUAUACGGCAACCCCGGUGACGCGUCUUCUCUCACGCAGGAUCUCAAGAAGAACGCUGCUCACGCCGCCACCGUCAACCCCGCCGACUGCAACACCACCGUUAAGCGCAUCGCUGACUACCUCAUCAAGCUGGGGUAUUAG